CUCCGACAAGUGCUCAUCUUACGACGCUACUGCUUUGUCUGUAUCAAAGCAGACUCCUUUAUCGCUAUUAUUUUGAGCAGAUUUACGCUCACAAUUCUUGACCAUGAGUUUCGGAGCCCCCGGAGGCGGAUCGGUGAACUACAAGCCCUCGCCACCCGAGCGCGGUAGCUUCCCUCUCGAUCACGAUGGAGAAUGCAAGCACAUUAUUUCGGGAUACCUGAAGUGCAUCAAGCUCAACAGAGGCACCAACGACGAGGCGUGUCGCAAAUUGGCCAAGGAAUACCUUUCCUGCCGAAUGGACAAGAACCUCAUGGCGCCGGAUAAUUUCCAGAACCUCGGUCUGGUGUUCAAAGACGACGAAGGGAAAGAGAAGGCCCCGGCCAAUGCACGUGCCGAUGCAUCGAAUACUGCGCAGCCGAAAAGCUGAGCUGGGAGAAUGAAGUGCUGGACGAUAUUGUACGAUAUGAUGGGAGAUUGGCACUAGUCUGAUAACAGGGUAGUGCUGGCGUUAUUCAAGGCGUUGUACAUAUGAAAAUGCAUUUGAUACCUAUACGCAUAAAGCCAC